GCAAUUUUAAUAAAAGUUUGCAUCAUGAUUCAUGAUAAUAUGAUGUCAAAGAUCAUAGAUGUCAUAUGUAUCAACAAACAACUUGCGUAAUAUAAUCAAAGAUUAUAUUAUGCUUAGGACUGUCUAUACGAAAUGUACUUGAUCACUUGUACAGGAUCACUGUGACAUAUUUACAUUUUUAUCUGUUUUAACAUUUAUAAUAAUUAUAACUACUAAUUAAAAAUAUCAUGUAAAUGCUAGUUUAUGACGGUAAUAACAUCGGUUAUUGCUCGUUAUCUACAAGCACUCAACCUACAAACACUCGACUUAUAAGUGACCUACAAGCAACAGCACAAGUGCUCUGUGCAUUAUGGCAGCUUUGACAUCAGCUAAGAACACUUUAAGGAAACAAAUGAAAAAUGUUCUUCAAAAUAUUAGCUCACAAGAAAAAAAGGAACAGUCUAUAAACGUAUUGAAAAAGCUGUGUGCACUGAAGCAAUAUCAAGACAGCAAGAGAAUAUCGAUAUAUCUUAGCACUAAAGAUGAACUUGAUACUUUACCCAUUUUAAAACAUAUAUUUGACACUGGAAAGGAAGCGUUUGUACCGCAAUAUGCAGGAAAAACUAUGGACAUGGUAAAACUAAACUCAUUAGAAGAUUAUGAGACAUUGCCGUUAACAAAAUGGAACAUAAAACAACCAAGUCUUACUGAGUGUCGUGAAAAUGCAUUGGAAACAGGUGGAUUAGAUCUAAUAAUUUUACCAGGUGUUGCUUUCACAAUGAAUGGAAAACGUCUAGGACAUGGAAUGGGUUAUUAUGACAAAUAUUUAAAAAUUUGUUUUCAAAAACAAACCACAAGGCCAUAUCUAAUUGCAGUAGGAUUUAGAGAACAGAUACAAGAGGACAUUCCUACUAAUGAAGAUGACAUGCUUGUUGAUAUUGUAUUGGUCGAUAAAUAGAGUGCAUAAAAAUAUAAAAGCUUGUUAUUUUACUUCAUGUGUGACACGAAUAAAAUUAUUUUCUCUUAUG